AGGUUUCUUUUCACUGAAGCUUGAAGCUCAAAGUCCGUGGCUUCAUCAAAGCAGCUCCAAAUCCCCAAGGUGAGAUAAUUCUCACCUGGAGCCUGUGUGUAUUCCUCUACGCUUUGGCUGGGAGCAGUCACCUGGGAAUCAUUCCAGCAGGUGGCUUCCAAAGUCCAACCUGCUGGGUUGAAAUCUGACACUGACAGAGACUCUCUGGGAGCUGCUACUGAAAGCUAAACCAGGAACCAGGAAAUGCUUGAGCCUCUUUAGGUAGAAAAACAGCUGGGCUCCCUCCGAGACAGAGCGCCAUGGGAAACCGGCUCUGCUGUGGGAAAAGCUGUCCAGAAGCUGAGGCUCAGAGCAGUUGUCUGAGGUCACAUGGCUGGAGCUGCCCAACAAUUUUCCAGAGGAAAAAGAAAAUGGGGAGUCAACCAAGAUGGACACUGAAUCAGCAACAGCAGCAGAAGCAGAAUGGCACACAGGGACAUGACACAACACAAUAUACGUGUGAACCGGUAUUGGAGCAGCCUGUGUCUCAGGAGAGGAGCCAAGGCCCCAGGUCAGAGGACAGCAGCUUACAUUACGCAGUCAUUCAAGUGUGCAGCCAUACUCAGCCACGCUCUGCCAAGGAGGUGAAGCACCUACAACUAGAAAAUGCGACAGAGUAUGCCACCCUGUCCUUCCCCCCAGGCCACACCCUGCUAUGACAGCAAGAAUGGGACCCUAGUGUGAGCCUUGGGGAGGAAGGACUGGUUUCCAUCAUUUCACCACUACUCUUGUGGGAGAAUCUACUGCUUCUCCCACAUUUCUGCAUUUCUGGCAGCCCAGAAAUGGUGACCACAUUUUAAACUUAAAGAAUUCAGGAGCCCCUGAAAUUGUGUGUCCCCAAUCUUGCUCUCUCUCCUAUGCCUAUUUCUUGUUUGCCACCGAUAGCUUCCAGUUAUAUUUGGGUUAGUCAAGAGUGAAUGGAGUUGCACAAAAUAAGGGGGCUAGGUUGAAUGUGCAGGAAAGUAAGUUUUGAGCCCCACCUUUGCUCCUGGCUUUCAAGAAAAGUGCAGAAAAAAACAGGUCAGCCCUUCAGAACUUGAGCUGAUCAUGCUGAACUUAAUUUAAUGGUAUCCUUUUUACAUACCUGAAACUCCAAAGCCGAAGAAGAGGUGCUCUGAAAAAGCAUUCUGGGCUUUUGUACACAGCCCCCAGUCCUGGCUCGGGUCAUUUCCUCAGUGGCUGGGUCAAAGGUCAUUGACCUAAACAGACAAAUAAGGUCAAAGGCUGAGGCAUGGAGGAAGCAUUUUCUGACCUUCCGUUACAAAGACUUCAAGUCACUGGCACUGACAGCACUACGUGGAUAGACUGUUGGCUCUCGAUAGUGCUGAGCCUCUAGGAACAAUAAAUUGAGUACAGAA